AUCCCAUCGCAAUUCCCAGCCAGACAAACCGCACACCCGCCACAUCAACAAUGGCCACAUCCCAAGCGGAAACUGACAUGAUCCUCAAUAAAGCCAAUGUGGCCCUGGCCCGCAGUCAGCGUCUCGUUGCGUCAUGGCUCCCCGCCCCAGUGGCAGACGACCGAACCCACGUUAAAUCAGAGGAAGAGCUACAACGGGAAGAGGAUGAGAUUUUCAAGGCGGUUCCGGAGACAGCGCAAUCUAGACUAGGAGUUGGAGCACCACUCCCCACGAAAGCUGCGGAUGGAAGCUGGAAUCGGACUGAGUUGGAGUCAAAUGAUAAGUUGCGGAAACAGCUCCUGGGGAGGAAUUAUAAGAAGGUUAUGGUAGCGACUUCGGCGGCUAAGGCGGGGACAACAUCUGCUGGCGCAGGUGCAGGCGGUCGUCAAGAUACAUCGUCAGGAAUUGCCCGAGGCAUGCAAGAGGAAGACGUUGAUGACGAGGAAGAAGGGCGGACGUCGUUGAUAGGGAAGAAGAACUUUACGGUAGCGAAGAAGCGGAAGGCUGAAUCGCAGGCUCAGCCGGAAUUCGAGACUGUUAAUAACCAGGGCAGCGAGCCGAAACAAACCAAUGAUAGUGGUGAUGGCAGUGAUGACAAAGUCGACCAGUCCAACAAGCAAACGAGACCCGCGCCACGACCCUCGAAGGGAAGAAGAAAGGCCACGAGCUUUCUGGAUGAACUCUUGGCUGAGCGGGCGAAGAAGAGAAAGAAGCGGUGAUCUGGUCGUGCCCGUUCCCAUGGACAGGGCCCAGUCGACGAUAUAACAAGAUGUAUAAUCUCAAGGACAUGAAUAUACCCAUUUAGUUCACAUUUUAAAACGUUUGACAAUGC